AUGGGUUCCCCGUCGGAAGAGUCUUUCACCGAUAUUUACCGAAGAUAUUUUUCCCCCGACGAAGACGCGGCCGAGGAAGAAGCGGUUACGAGUGCAUGUACUUUUGUGCUACAAACAUUUGAGCACAUUCGGCCACCUCCCCCUCCACGACCCAUCUUGCGACGCACCUAUAUCUUGCGAGAUCGUGAAGCCGCGAACGAGCGUUUGAUGAAAGACUAUUUUGACGCGGCACCGGUUCACGGACCGAAUGUUUUUAGACGACGUUUUCGGAUGAGCCAAAGGUUAUUUUUGCGCAUUAACAAUGAGUUGGAAAAUACGUACGAUUUCUUUAAGCAAAGAAUGGACGCACGAGGAUAUCUAGGCUUCACCUCAAUUCAAAAGGUCACAUCCGCGUUACGCGUAUUAGCAUACGGAAACACGUACGACAUCAACGACGAGUAUUUGAAGAUGGCGGAGAAAACAACCCGAGAUACGUUGGAACAUUUUUGCUAUGCCGGGUGUUUUAACGAUAUUAAUACGUUAGAGGCUUCACCAUUAAUCGAGGGCUACAUUUCUGGAACUAUACCAAAGGCCGGUUUCCAUGCAAACGGGAACGAUUACGAGCAUGGCUACUACUUGGGCGAUGGUAUCUACCCCGAGUAUUCGAUUAUUGUUAAAACGUUUUCUGAAACUUUCGAUGAAAAAAGAAAGAAUCCUUGUCGCAUGUGGCAUAAGGAUAAAAUACGAAUGGCCAUGUAUGCUUGCAUCAUUUUGCAUAAUAUGAUCAUCGAGGAUGAUGGAAAAGCGAUAUGCCAAAACUAUAUUCCCGAAGAUUUGGUCGAACUACCCCAAGCGACAACGGAAGAGAGACUCGUAAAUGCUCAACUACUCCGAUCUAGAGAAAUACAUAACGCGUUGAAGGCGGAUUUGGUUGAGCAUGCUUGGGCGAUUCGCCCAAUUCGAUCAAACAAUGAUCACGACGAAGAUUCCGAGGAAGAAGUGGGGGAGGAAUUCGAAGACGGGAACUUUGAAGACGUAGGUUUAGAUGCUGGAGAAAACGAAGAGGAAGAAGGAGAGAACGAAGAUGACACCGAAGAAUAA